GCAGCAGACUGGAUCAAUGGUAGGGGGAUUUGCCCCACCGCAGGUCACUAGAAAGCAGCUUGUUGUAUCAUAGACGUCCACAAAAAUGCCUUAUUUUCUAAGACUCAUUUUAUUCUUGCUUUGCCUGAUGGUUCUCGUGGAGAGCAGAAACCCCAAGAGGAAGAGAUGGCCAGGGCAGCUGGAAGUGCCCAGGACAAGUCACCUGUAUAAGAAGAACCUUGAUGUGACCAAAAUCCGAAAGGGAAAGCCUCAGCCGCUCCUGAGAGUGGAUGACCAUGACUUCACCAUGAGGCCUGCCUUUGGAGGCCCUGCUAUCCCAGUGGGCGUGGACGUGCAGGUGGAGAGCCUGGACAGCAUCUCGGAGGUGGACAUGGACUUCACCAUGACCCUGUACCUGCGGCACUACUGGAAGGACGAGAGGCUUGCCUUCCCCAGCACCAGCAACAAGAGCAUGACCUUCGACAGCAGGCUGGUGAAGAAGAUCUGGGUCCCCGAUGUCUUCUUUGUUCACUCCAAAAGGUCGUUUACACACGACACCACCAAUGACAACAUCAUGCUGAGAGUGUUCCCGGAUGGCCACGUGCUGUACAGCAUGAGGAUCACGGUCACUGCCAUGUGCAACAUGGACUUCAGUCACUUUCCCUUGGACUCCCAGACCUGUUCUCUGGAGCUGGAGAGCUAUGCAUAUACAGAUGAAGACCUGAUGCUGUACUGGAAGAACGGGGACGAAUCCCUGAAAACAGAUGAGAAGAUCUCCUUGUCUCAGUUUCUGAUUCAGAAAUUUCACACGACUUCCAGACUGGCCUUCUACAGCAGCACUGGCUGGUACAACCGUCUGUAUAUCAACUUCACGCUGCGGCGCCACAUCUUCUUCUUCUUGCUCCAGACCUACUUCCCAGCCACCCUGAUGGUCAUGCUGUCCUGGGUGUCCUUUUGGAUUGACUGCAGAGCUGUGCCCGCCAGAGUUUCACUGGGGAUCAUGACGGUGCUGACCAUGUCAACCAUCAUCACGGGCGUGAACGCCUCCAUGCCCCGCGUCUCCUACAUCAAGGCCGUGGAUGUCUACCUCUGGGUCAGCUUUGUGUUUGUGUUCCUGUCGGUGCUGGAGUACGCAGCUGUCAACUACCUGACCACAGUGCAGGAGUGGAAGGAACGGAAGCUGCGAGAGAAGUUCCCAUGCAUGUGUGGGGUGCUUCACUCCAGAACCAUGAUGCUAGAUGGGAGCUACAGUGAGUUUGAGGCCAACAGCCUGGCUGGGUACCCGAGAAGACAUGUUCUAACAGAAGAAGAAAGGCAGGACAGGAUAGCAGUCCACCUGGCCCUGAGCAACGAGUCCAGUUCCUCCAGGAAGAAGGGGCUUCUGAAGAGCCAGAUGGGUCUUCGCAUCUUCCAGAACACCCACGCCAUUGACAAAUACUCCAGGUUGAUAUUCCCUGCCUCCUACAUAUUUUUCAACUUAAUUUAUUGGUUAGUGUUUUCCUAGGUGCUCCCAGGCGGUACCUAGGAAAGGGAAUAGGAACCUGCCAGGCUGGGCAGUCGUGGACAGGUGUGCCUGUGGCCACACUCCCUCUCAGAGGAACCCGGGGGCUCCCCUCCCCCAGACCUCAUGGGUCUGCUCUGUGUUCAUGCCAUGUCCUAUGUCACACUUCACGUCUCUCUGGGACUGCUGUCUCCUGCUCUUGCAUGUGAACUAGUUCACAAUAACUCCUCUGCUGUCCCUCCAGACAUUCUGAGUCCCUCAGGAAGCCUGGGAUGCAAUUGUGGAAGGAAAAAGGAGAAGGAAGGGCCAGCAGAGGACUUUCUGGAUUGGAGACAGGAAAGGGGAGAUGGGAAGUCUGUGAGCCCCACCACUGGAUAAAGUGCCUACCCAGGAAGGAGGAAAGCUCAGGGCCCAGGCAGAAAUGGUCCCGCCUUUGUGAGCACACAGCCUGCAUGAUUUUGCAAUAGUGACAGAGGUUAUUCAUCCUCCUGUCCAUUCGGCCAUCCAUCCAAUGCUGGAGCCCCACCCUGAGCCAGGUACUGUGGAAAUGAACACUCUUUCCUCAGAGGACAUCUCAGCUGCACUCACUCUGCACCCUCC